AUGAAUGGCACAAAUGGGGCAAAUGGGGCGGAAAGUCGAAGUCCGAGAUGUCCUCCUUAUUCCACUGCCGUCGAGAGUGUCAGGCAGUCAGAGAGUGCCAUGGUAUUGAAUGCUGGUGGACAGUCAGAUAAGGACGCUAACAGCGAUGUCUUGUCCCUGUCAUCAACUUAUGUUGAGCGUAAACUAUCUCUUUCUGAACUGGACGUUCCACAGGGUGCGGGAAUCAAUCCCAUUCAGUCUGCAUGCAAGCACCAGUCCUCAGAGACUAACGUAGCUUCGGAUGACGAGCUCUAUAGGCAUCGCGAGUGCACAGACUCAUCUGUCAUCGUCUGUUCACCCGUGACAUACGAGAAAAACGAUACGUCAACCAGAGCCAUCACAGUGGAGAGCACACAGAAGACAAGUCCAGUAUUUCGAAACUUAUCUUUCAUUCAAAGUACAUCGACGAUAGCCGAGAGCACCUCUCUGACUUCUGAUAGACACGAGGAACUCCACGAUCAAGACGUAGCCAGCGACAAUCCUAGUCAAAUCUCCCCCACUCCGAAACUUGAGGGUGAGAUGGUGGAUGUAUCCACAGAUCGCAAGCGCCAAAUUGAGGAGGGGAGAGAAGACUAUCAUGAUCAAGGGACAGAAAGCGAGGUCAAGCAAAAUCUCACAUCCUAUUCCCGUACUGUCAGGAUUAUCGAAGGAAACACGUCGAAGUCCGCCAUAUUAGACGAUGACAAGAGGAUAAAUGAGAGCGCCGACGGCGUUGCAUUGUCCCUAUCCUCUGUCAAUCCUGGGUCCAAAGUGUCUCCUUCCGAACCGGAUGUUCCGCGGGACUCGGGGACUAAUCAUAUCGAAUUUGGAUACGAACAUCGGUCUUUGGACCUCAACAUAGCUUCAAAUAAUUCCAACCAUGAUUCGACUGAGAGCAGUGACGGGCACAUCCAAAGGCAGAGUCGUGAAGACGUAGACUCCUCUGUGCUGGUCCAAUUGUCCUUAGUAACUGCGGAGAACAUUGAAGCACCAGCAUCAGCCCCACGCAGAGCUCUCGAGAGCACGCAGAAGUCGAUUCUGGUAUACAAUGAUCUUGGGAACUCAUCGUUGUCUCAAGGCAUGUGGAUGAUGGGUCAGAUUUCUUUGGUAAUUGACCUAAAAGGCGGAUCCUGUGGUCAAUUUGUUGUAGGCGCGAAUCUAUCUACUCAAAGCUUCUCUACUGCGAAUGUUUAUGUCGAGCACGACAGAGUGCCUGUAUCGACAAAUUGUAUGCCCCAAGAUUUGGAGGGCAGAGGAGGUUAUCAUGCACGGGAGGUGGAGAGUCAGGUGACGUUCAAUUCGGAAUCAUAUUCCAGUGCCGUCGAGAGUGUCAGGCAAUCAGAGAGUGCCAUGGUAUUGGACGCUGGUGGCCGAUCAGAUGAGGACGCUGACAGUAACGUUUCAUCCCUGCCAUCAACUUAUGCUGAGCGUAAGCUGUCUUCUUCUGAAUCGGCCCUCCCACAAGAUGCGGGAAUCAACGUCAUUCAGUCUGCAUACGAGUACCACUCCUCAGAUAUCGAUGUAGCUUCAGCGACUUCCGUGCAAACCUUGGGCCAUCGCGCAAUUGAGAACAGAGUCGAGAGUUCUCUGGUCACUAUACAAGAAGGACCUUGCUUUCAAUAUGCGGCGAUAGACGAACCUUGUCAACAUUCAUCCGCUCCGAAAAUUGACAGCAACGAACCAUCAGAGUGCGUGCACCAGGCUGUGGAGAGCAAAGGCGACUGUCAUGAACUGGAGACGGAAAGCAAGUUCAGCCUCAGCUUGACAGCAGAUUCCCAUUCUGUCGGGAUUAACACCAAUGUCCCUGUGUUUCCUUUGUCCCAAAUGACCAAGCUGUCUCCUUCUGACCCGGGCAUCCCACAGGAUGCGGAAGCCGAUCUUAUACAGUCUGGAUGUAAGCACAAGUCUUCCACUGGGGUUGACGCAGCUUCAAUUGACCUUGUGCAGACCUCAAACUAUGAGUACUCAACUGAAAUCCAAGGGUACCGAUGUAGAGACUCGCGCCUCUCGAUGCCGGAUAUGCGGCCUUCUUACCCAUUUAAUUCCCUAUCUGUAUCAGCUCACAUCCUAAGGACCAGUCAUUCGCGCUCUCGCGCGCGCGCCCUACAUACGCGCCUCACUCGCACAUCGCACACGCACGCGCGCCCUUCGCGUGCGCGCUCCAUAGGCCUUCGCGCUCCUACCGACUCCUCUCCUUCAUCGUUCAAGCGCGCGCCCGCUUACGCGCGUACCCUCCGCAUCUCUCGCUCACGCGCGCAUUACUUUCCCGCGUCUACCAGCGCCCGUCUAGUUGACAUAGUUUCCCUCCACCUUAUUCGCGAGGAACUUCUCUCAGUAGCUGUCCUUUGGGUCGAGUUGUAUUCUCGUAUCCAGAUUCCUCACCUUCACCGAUCAGCUCAGCUCAGCUAUUCUCUUGUAAACAAUUCAAAUUCACCACCAUCCAUCAACAAAGCAGUUGAGAAUAUGCAGGAGUCGAGUUCGGUCAAUGGAAUUUUGAAACCUCUGACAUCGACGACAUAUCAGAGUCAUUCUCUUGUCACUAGCACACACGAAGAAUCUUGUGGUCAAGAUAUGACCAAGGACCAGCCUAAUCAAGGUUCACCCUCCCCAAAAUAUGAGGCUGGCGAAGAGGGUGUAACAGCAGAUCGCAUGCAACAGGCCAUCAUAGAGUUGAGAUGUGAGUCCCAGUCUGAUGUCAACGAGGUUUCAAAGACUUUCGAAUCGGAGCACACCUGGAGUUAUCACUCGCCUGUGAACAGUGAAUGGCGCAGCCAACGACAGGCAGAGGAGACUAUCAUGCACGGGAGGUGGAGAGUGAGGUUACGCUCAAAAAACCCGAAGCCUUAUUUCAGUGCCGUCGAGAGUGCCAUAGUAUCCAACGCUGGUGGUCGAUCAGAUGAGGAUGCUAAGAGCGACAUCUCAUCCCUGUCAUCAACUUACACUGAGCGCAAGCUGUCUCUUUCUGAACCAGGUGUUCCACAGGAUGCGGGAAUCAAUCUCACUGCACGCGAGCACCAGACCUCAGAUAUCAACUUAGCUCCAGCGACUUUCGUCCAGACCUCGAGCCAUCGCUCGAUCGAGAACAGUGUUCAGAGUUCUCCCGUCACUAUACAAGAAUGA